AUGGCUCUUCAGAGUGGGGAGGACAUUUACGCCACGCUUCUUACGAGCGACACGUACUUGCCAGGUGCCCUUGUUCUGGCCCACUCGCUCCGCGAUGCCGGCACGUCCAAGAAGCUGGCCGUCCUGGCCACCCUCGACACCGUGUCCGCCGAGGUCAUUACCCAGCUCAAAAAUGUGUACGACUACGUAAUAUCCGUGCCGCGUAUAAAAAACGAGGCCUCAGCCGGCAAACUUCACCUCAUGAACCGCCCCGAUCUCCACUCCGCGUUCACCAAGAUCAACCUCUGGAAACAGGCCCAGUUCCGCAAGAUCGUCUACAUCGACGCCGAUGUUGUCGCGUACCGGGCCCCCGAUGAGCUCUUUGACCUCCCCCACGCCUUUGCCGCAGCACCAGACAUCGGCUGGCCCGAUCUGUUCAACACCGGCGUCAUGGUCCUCACACCCAAUGUCGGCGAGUACUACGCCCUCUCUGCCAUGGCCCAGCGCGGCAUCUCUUUUGACGGCGCCGACCAGGGCCUCCUGAACAUGCAUUUUAAGAACUCCUACCACCGCCUGCCAUUUACCUACAACGUCACUCCGUCUGCUCACUACCAGUACCUUCCGGCGUACCGCCACUUCCAAUCGAAUGUCACCAUGGUCCACUUCAUCGGCUCCGGCAAGCCAUGGACCCGGGGCCGCGGUGCUUCUCACGGUAGCGGUGUCUACGACGAGAUGAUCGGACAGUGGUGGGCUGUUUACGAUCGCCAUUAUCGCCCUGCUUCCCCUCCUCCGCCGGGGUCCAAUCUUCCCGCGAAGAAUCCACCCCCAGAGAUUGUUCAGUACUUUGUGAAAGGCGAAUAUCAUCCGACCAUUACUUACAGACUAACUCCCGGCGAGCCCUCCUUGGAUCUCGGGCGCUCGACAUACGGUCAGCAUUCAGAAACUCUGCCGCCUCCUCCCCCGUCCCAGUCGUUUUAUGCGUCCCGCGAGCAUCAGCACCUGCAACAUUCCCCAGCACCACCACCACCACCACAAAACAAUGAACAUGACCAUGGACCACCUGACCAGCAACCUCAUUAUCCUCAUCAACACCAUGAACAUCAGCAUGACGAAUCUCACAGUCAUCAUGAUCAAAACCAGCCCCAUGAGCAUGAUCGCUCUGAACCUGCUCCUCCCCCAGCGUCCUCUCCUUUGUUUCAGCAAGACACCUCGCACCACCCGCCCCAUGUUGUCUCUUUUGCGAUUUCUGAUGGGAACACGCGCACUGAGACUCGAGAAGACCAGGUUCCGGGUCCACAACCGGGAACGUCUCAACCUCCGGCACAAGAGCAAAAGCAUGAGCCAGAACGACCCCCAAUGGAGCCCAGUUGGGAUGCUCAAUGGUAUCCACCGCCUACAAAUGCUAAACCGGAGGCAAUGAACUUCCCGCAGACCCACUACGAAAUGUCCCGCGAUGCAACGCCGUUCAUCCCGCCGCCGCGGUACGCGAGUCCGCCGCGCGACAUGUGGUAUGAAGUGCCAAAGGCGUCCCCGGCCCCUGCGCACGAGCGGCCGGCAGCCAUCUUCCCAUGGGAGACGCACCAACCACCAGCGACCCGUGUCUUUGCCGAGCCACCGCCGCCACCAGCCCCCUUAUCUGAACCGACCCGAGCCGAAACGCAUUCGGGUCAGUCGGGCUACCAUCCACACCCUUCCUUCCAGGAGCCAGGAGCUGAGCCAUCUAUGACCACAGGUUCGCCCUCGAUGGAUUUGAAGACGGAGCCCACCACACCAACCAUGCCAUCGACCGCUCGUGAUGUGCCGCCCUCUGAUCCCUGGGCGUCGUUUACGCGAACCAACGCUUGGGACGGCGUGCCCCAGAUCGAGCGGUACGUCGACGCUUUCCAGAAGCAGCACCGCCGAGUGAGGAGCCGUGGCCAAGCGCCCGGUGGCGGUCUGCGAUCAGGAACCGGUGUCGGUGACGUGAGCGGUGGCGGUGGCGCUGACGACGCCGCCUCCGUGCCGUGGAGGCGCGGCUCCAAAGUCACAGACUUCCCCAGCGAAGUAGAACGACCCAGUCUACCCGUCACACCAGCACCGAUUCGUCGAUCCAGUUACUGGGGCAGUGGUGGCCCCAGCUUUGGUGCAGACGAUGACGAUGCGGAAGGCGGUGAUGGCGCGCACCUGUUGCCGGCUGCCGAUGGUGUGCCGAAGCAGGCCGACUGGGUAUGUGUGCAUGGCGUAGUGUGGACGCCGGCAGACUGCCUCUGCGAGCAUCUGCGACGCUGUCAUAUUGCUGGUCUUGGCGAUCAUAGCGAUCUAAAAGACCAAGAUCGUAGUGAUGACCUGAAACGUACUAACAAUCCUGGGAACAACAAGGAUCCGGCCACGCAGCUGCAGAAGCUGGCCAAACAGCAGUCCGAACUACUGUUCCAGAAGCUGGGCAACGCCGGCGACGCCGACCGGGGUGAGGCUAGCGAUGCACCUCGUACCAUCCCGCUGCGGCCGCUUCCUUUUGGAUCCGAGAACAUCCAGUCCCCAACCUAUGUCGCCCAGGCGCCGCCCGUCGUGGUCAGCCCGAAACCGAUCAAGCCCGGCGGUCUCGAGACCAGCUCGGUGCGCGGCAUUUACGACCAAGGCAGCAGCAGCAGCGGUGCAGCUGGCGCCGGCACGGGCGGCGACGACGUUACCAUACCGCCCAGUCUCUCGGACACAAAGAUUGCCGAGCCUUCGUAUCUCGGCCCCGGCAUCGUUUUCGAAAAGGACGAGAGCUACCCCGAGCAGGAGGUGACGGCAGCGCUGCCCUCGGAAGAGGAAAUGGAUGUACUGGAUACAUGA